AGACAAAUGCAGCACGGCAGCCCUACCAUGUUUGAGGUGCCCGUGCGCCGCAGCUCGUACGCGCGACUGCUGCAGUGGGUCGGCCUCGGCUACGUUCUCGUCUCGACGGGCUGGAGUCUCUACUGCCUCGUGCUCUUUACGCCGUAUGUCGCCAACGACUACUUUUGGACGGGCUUUGCGACCGAGGGUACGUCCCGUGUGCUUCUUGCGCUUCUCAACACGCAGCUCAACACGCGUGUUGGUCGAUCGCUCGACCUCCUCUCGCUCUCGCUGCCGACAGACUUUUCAGACACGGUGCCCAGCAGCUACGGACGCCGCCUCUUGUACGACGACUUGACGAAGCCGGUCGCUGCUGUGCGCAGUCUUCGUGCGCUCGACGUGGCCUUGAUCAAGUACCUCGCGGCCAAGUACUGCUGGGUCGACUUUGGUCGUGCUUGGGAGCUGGGGACCUCGGAGCGCACGAUGGCCCGCUGCAUCGAGCGCGAUAUCCAGAACGGCGCCGUGUACAUGGAGACAAUCUUCCGCAAUGUUCCCUUUCAAGAGUGGUAUGCCCACGACGCGACCCACCUCGACAAGUACCUCUUCGACCCGAUCCGCCAGAGUUCGCCGGCCGGCAGUGCCUACGUGCGUGGUAUCCAGCACUAUACGUGGCUUCCGGUUGACGACGAAGUUGCGGUCUGGAAGCAGAGCAACAUCGACACGUUUCAGCUUUUGUAUUCGAACCGCGUGCGCAUCGGGGUCCAAGAAUCCAUCGGGAUCGUAAAUGCCCUCGGCAUUGUCCACCCGCUCAUGAUCAAGUCGAUUCCGUCGGUCCAGCGCGGCCUGCCCGACUGGACAACGUCCUUCUUGACCGGCACGCUCCAAUAUGACUUGAUGGGACUCAUGAUGGCGCCGAAUAUGAGUCUCGUGCGCAACACACCAGGCUUCUUUGCCGACACGGACCCGGCCAUGGUCGAGCUCUUCCUCCUCGGCAACAUUAGCCCUGUGAACCGCGUUCUGCAUGCGACGCUCGAUUUCCUCACCAACAUUCGUCUGCGCUACAUCGUGCCACCAACGUCGUUGACAGCGCUUGUGGCUGCAUUCGACACGCACGUUUUGAACACGCUCCGAGACAGCACAACGUUUGCGACUGCCAUGGCCUUGGUCCCUGCGUCCACCGCUGUGCUCCCCGCGCCGGUCGCAUGGACUGGCCACUUGUCGUACGGAGGCAGCCCGCUCUGCGGCUACGGCAACCCACUGCCGCUGAUCCAAGAGUCGUUCGCUUUUGAUGACGCGUGUGUCGUCCAGCUGCCGUUGACGUAUUCGUGGACGCCCUUUAGCGGGCUUUUUGCUGCAUCGCUGACGCCGCUAGCAUCGUCGUCCGCGUUCUGUGCACACCAAGCACCGACGUGCGCCAUCGCUGUCGCCCGCACGCUACACGCUUUGUCGCAGUUCACACCGUCCACCCUUCGCGUACCCGACGACGCCAAGGACUGGGCCGUGUCGAUCGCUCAGUUUCUCGCCCCGAUGACCCACCCCAACAACAUAUCGCUCGCGACACAGCCGCUGUUGGACGAUGACAAUGUGUGGGCGCCCUUUGGGUGGCUCAGCCUCUACGACUGGGCACACGGCAACCGCGAAGUGGUCGCGUUUGAAGGUGACCAUGGCACCCUACGGCUCAUGUCGGCGGCGUAUCCGGCCGUGGUCGCGCCCCGGAGCGCCAUCACGAGUGCGAGCGUCGGCGCGUACCUCUGGUACUCGGCACUCCUCACGUCCGUCGUGCUCGUGCUCGUGGCGAGCAUCAUUCUAGUGCUAUAUACGCUCGGUCGGGCGCAGUGCACGCCCCACUGGUUCCAUUUUCACCGGAUCUCGUCGUCGAUUUACCUCAACUGGGGCCUUCUCUUUGUGCGUGCGCUUCUCGCAGCCGUGUGCUUGUCGAGCGCCCCGGUCGUGCCAUGGACGCAGGGCGCGACGCGCACCCUCGUGCAGGACCACCGGUCGCUGUGGACGAGCAUGUUCCUCGCGGGCGAGACGCUCUGGCUGUUGUUUGUCGCGCAAGAGUGUUUGCACCCGAUCCUGCUCGAGUCCUUACACAAGUGGACCGCCGGUGCAGCGUGGUGCGUCAUCGUGCUCCUCGACGUCGCGUCGCCCGUGUCGAUCGAGGCCAGCAUUGCGCAUGCAUGUACCGCGACCGACAUGGACAUGGCCCUCCACUGCGAGGCUGGGAGCGUCCGUAUUGGCAGCUGUACCCGCGUGCUCAUGAUUCUUGGCGUUCAGCUCGGCAGUGUCCUUGUCGCCACCGUUGGCUCCUUUUUGUGUCGCGAGUCGUUGCAGUCGCACGAGCAACCGCCGCUGCUCUUGCCGCCGAUGGUUCUCAAGCUCUUCCCGACGCACGAAAAGCUCGACGAUGUGACCGCCGCCAUGUGUGGCCUCCUCUGGCUGCCCUGGUGGCAGCAGCUCUUCAGCAUCAAGUUGUGGCUGCUCGUGCCCGCCGGUCGGUGUGCAAGCAUCCAAAAGCUGACGGUGGUGCCGACGACCAACAACGGUUCGCCGAUCCUGUUCAAGCACCAAGCCACGGCGUCGCGCGUGGCCAAAGCCGCGCCCUUCAUCCUGGCCGCGGGCCUUGUGUACAUUGGCUGCACGCUCGUCAGCAACGUCGCAUACCUCUCGAUCGCUGCCGACUACAUGGCCAACGAUUUUUUCUGGGCCAACUUCAACACCUCGGGGGCCUACGCGUUUCUUGCGACGCGUGUCAACGCCGAGCUUCUCGUGGGCCCCUCGUCUCUCCUCGAGCUCGAGAGCACCAAGCACAUUGAUUAUUUUACCGCGUACGACGGGUCCCAGCCGAGCGCGCUCAUGUCGGCGGCCACCGCCACCCGCCGCGCGCUCUUCCACCCAAACGUGAGUACGUUGGAGGCGGCGAUCACAGGGCUACGGGCGAUGCACCCGUGCCAGCUUCCGUGGAUGGCGACGCAGUACUGCUACCUCGACUUGGGCCGCGUCUGGGAGAUGGCGAGCACGGCCAAGCGCCAAGAGCGCUGUCGCCACAUGACCCGCAACGGCGCCGUCUUUCUCGAAACCGCUCUGCGCAAUGUGCAUGACUGGGACGCGUUCGACUCGUGCUGGGGCGACGCAUUUGCUUCUGGUAUCGUCACCGAGGUCGGGCGCAGCAGCUACGGCAAAGCGUGGCUUCAGCAGACCACACGUGUGACCAACGAGGUUGCGGACGAAGUGGCACUCUGGCGCCGCGCCAAUGUCUCGGAGUUUACACUGCAGUGGCAAAACUACAAGACGAUCGGGUUUGACGAUAGCCUUCUCGUUGAGAAUGCGCUCGACCUGCGCUUUCCCUUGCCCCUGGCGCAAGUCGCAGCGUCGUUUCAUCCGACGCGACAAACCUCCAUGGUCAUGUACUGGGGCUUUGCCAGCGAUCUCUGGGCCAUUGGUCGUAGCAACCAGACAGUCAUUGGUGGCUUGAGUCUGCUCCGGUCCAGUCCGCACUUUGCGUUUACCAACAAAAGUCGCCAGGACCUGCUCGUUGACAACUUGACGCUGUCCGCGCCGCUGCAAGGGGGCUAUGUCGCGUUGUCGGCCGCGCUCGGUCCUUUUAACGCUGUCGACAUGCUCUACGUCCUCUGCCCAACGCCAGUGCUCCAGCUGUACCGUGGUCUUCUCACGGCCGUCGCGAUUCUCACGACAGGCGCCAAUGCAUCGAUGCUCCAAGCCAGCUACCUCAGUAUUCCGACGUCGCCGCUCGUCAUUGCAGUGCCGUCGCUUUGGCUCGCGACUCCGAUGACGAUCAUCGCGGUCGGCGGCAAUAUUUUUUGCCCCGUCAACCAAGUCGGCGGUCCAUUCUUUAUGGGCUAUGGCGUCGGGUUUGCCGAUGCGAGCUUUUGCAAUACGUUUGUGACCGACAACAUGGAGCCCUCGAUCAACCACGUGCUUUUUGCGACCCUCGGCUUCAACGCGACCUUGCAUUUAGCUCCGGACGUCGACUGGCGCGCGAUUUGCACGCUCAACACGUACCUCGACAGCGACUGCGUUGCCAAAUAUACCGUCGCCGAGAACUUUCUGCAGCAGCAUGCGGCCGCGUUCACCGACCUCGCGCCACUCGCUAUUAGCGCCUACACGGCGGUCCAAGCACUUGACGUCCAGCUGCUUCAGUACGUCCUCAACAUCACCGGCAUGGACAUGGCGAACCCCAACAUGUCGAGCAUGAACAUGGCGACGCUAUUGCAAAGCGACUUGCUGGCGGUGAACGACCGGCCGUGGAACUACUAUGCGUGGCUUCUUCUCUUUGAGUGGGCGAAUGGCAUGCGCGAGGUCGUCUCGUUUCAGGGCGACAACGGCACGUUGACCACGCUCUCGCAACCGCUGCAGCCGCUUUCGAUGGCGCCGGACCCACGCGUCAUUCGCACGUCGUACGCACCGUUUUUGCAGUCGAUUUUACAGUACAUUUCCGGGGUCCUGAUUGCCAUUGCGGGCCUCAUGCUGCUCUACACACUCCACAUGCGCGGCGUCGUCGAAGGCCUCAACCUCUUUGAGCUUAACCGCAUCGUGGGCAUGGUCUGGGUCGGCCGGAGCUUCCUCAUCGUGCGUAGCGUCACGGCCCUCUGCCUCCUCAACACGGCGACGCUCACGCUCGUGCGACUGGGCGCCGGCACACACUUUGCGUCGCCGCAUCUGCCGUGGUUCAAGGUGUUGCUGGCGUCGGCCGAGAGCACGUGGCUCGUCUAUGUCCUCAACGACGUCUUUAGCUGCGUCACGCAUCAGUACACGCCGUACUAUGCGUUCAAAAGCUCGCUGCUCGCGUGGGGCGUGACCUUCUUCUGGACACUGCUGUCGCCGCUGGCGCAGAGUGCGCAGCUCCAACGCACGUGUGCCUUUGUCGACAUGGAUGCGGCUCUUGUCUGCGUGAGCGGUGUCGUCCAUUUAGGGAGUCUCUCGCGCGUCUUGACGGCAGUGGGGAUUGCGUUUGGCUGCGUCUUUGGCUGCUAUGUGGCCGAGAGACUCGUGCGCCCGUAUUUACCAAAGAACGACGUGCCGACGCUGGCGCUGAAUGCGCAGAGCUUUUACAUUCUCGAGCUGUACAAGUACGAGCACGAGUACUUUUUGGACACAGCGAGCGCCGCCAUGGCUGGGAUUCUCUCGCUUUCCUUUGGCCAAAAUGUGUACAUCCUCGACGUCAAGAUGUGGCGCUUCCUCGUGAUUCCAGCGCCAAAACGCAGCGCCUUUCAUCCGUACCAUCGUUGUUUGCCGCUCAACGCAUUAUAGAAAAAUAGACUAUAUAUUGUAAAUAUAUACGAACGUGGUCCGCG